GGGGAGGUGUGGCGUUACAGAUAUUCAGGAAAUUAUUAUUCCGCCGUUUAUUUUCAGCAUAACUGAUGUCAGCCGGGGCGUACCAUGCUUUAUAAACGCAGCUCGCAUCUUUAAGGAUUGAUUCAUGGUAGCCCAUCAGACACAGCAAUGAAGAAGAAGUCUUGUAAUCCUCUGCGUCCCAAACGCAGCAGGCAGGGCAGCGCCAGCAAUGAACGGGUGACAGAGAUGGGCACUGUGCUGGGCUUCACCGCCCCACCAAACUCUGAAAGUGUCCCAGAAUCAGCCUCGCAAAACAGACACCUGACGAUGUCGCAGCACAGUCACAACCUCCUUAAGUUUUUGAAUGAGGACCGGACACGCCAAAGGUUCUGCGAUGUGUCUGUGUCAGUAGGUGGGAAAAUCUACAGUGCCCACAAGGUAGUGUUGGCCCACGGGAGCAGCUACUUUCACGCUGAGCUGUCCAAGAACCCUACCACGACACUUGUGACUCUGGACCAUGUGGAGGACUCUGUUUUCCAGCACCUGCUUGGCUUUUUGUACACCUCUGAGUGCCUCGUCACAGAAAUGGACAUCCCGGCUCUGACAGAAGCGGCCCGAUUCCUGGACAUGAUGGAUAUACUCAAGCUUCUGUGUGAAGAAGGGGACAGCAACCCAGUGAGUGUGAUCCAAGCCCAGGCAGAGUCAAGAGAGUCUCCUGAGGUGGAGAUGACAUCCGGUGACUCGCCAGCAGGUGACACGGACAGCCUAAGCCCACUUGAUAUUCAGUGCUCCCUGUGCAGUCGCCAGUUUAGCACUGAAAACUCCCUGCAGAACCAUUUGGCUGAGAGUCACACUGAUGUACAGCAGCAUACCCCAACUGAGACCGAGAAGACUACGAUGCGGAGAUCAGCUCGUAGGAGGAGAACACCCACUAAGUAUAAGAAAGACGAUGUGGAGUACGCUAUCAACACUCUGGAGGAAAAUCGAAGGACUGUGUCACCAAGAGAGCAGCGUGAAGAAAGAGAGGAAGAAACAGGACACGUUUUUGUAAAAAAACAAACACCCAAACAUUUGGAUGUGAAUGAGACAUCUAAACCAGCUCUGGUGGAAGACGUAGUAGAGGAGGAACAGGAACACGAAGAAGAGGGAGACAUGAAUGAGGACUCGGCUGCUCAGAAGAAAGUUUCAGAGGUUUGUGCAGCAGACAGGAGGGCAGAUCAGCAGUGUUCAGAUGUAGAAAGGACAGAGCCGCAGGCUGUUGGAGAGGUGGAAGUGCAAGUGCCAGCAGCGGGAACCUCGAACCAGAGUCCAGUGUACCCUGAGGGUCUGGCUCCAGUUAUCAUCCAAACCGCCAGCAAGAAAACUCUCAAGUGUCCCAAAUGUGACAAGACCUUUGACCGCGCAGGGAAGUAUGAGAGUCACACCAGAGUGCACACAGGAGAGAAACCCUUCCAGUGUGACAUCUGUCUUCAGCGUUACUCCACCAAGUCUAACCUGACCGUACACAAGAAGAAACACGCCAGUGACGCUCCCUUCCAGAAGAAAGAGCACAAGUGCCCCUUCUGUAACAAACUGCAUGCUAGCAAGAAAACCCUUGCUAAGCACGUCAGGAGAUUUCAUCCGGACAACAUCCAAGAGUUCCUUACCAAGAGGAAGAGGAAAAGUGAAGGCUGGAAAUGUGCUAUUUGUCUGAAAAGCUUCACCCGCAGGCCUCAUCUGCAAGAGCACAUGAUCCUGCACACCCAGGACCGACCUUUCAAAUGCUCCUUCUGUGAUGAACACUUCAAGUCCAGGUUUGCCCGGCUGAAGCACCAGGAAAAGUACCAUUUAGGUCCUUUUCCCUGUGAGAUUUGUGGCCGACAGUUUAAUGACACAGGCAACAGGAAGAGGCACAUUGAAUGUACACAUGGAGGCAAAAGAAAGUGGACCUGUUUUAUUUGUGGGAAAUCAGUAAGAGAAAGGACCACUUUGAGGGAGCACUUGCGGAUCCACAGUGGGGAGAAACCUCACCUGUGUAGCAUAUGUGGGCAGAGUUUUCGUCACGGCAGCUCCUAUAGGCUCCACCUGAGAGUCCACCAUGAUGACAAACGCUAUGAGUGUGGCGAAUGUGGGAAAACCUUCAUACGCCAUGAUCACCUGACCAAACAUCAGAAAAUACACUCUGGUGAGAAAGCACAUCAGUGUGAAGAAUGUGGGAAGUGUUUUAGGCGCCAUGAUCAUCUAACGGUCCACUACAAAAGCGUUCAUUUGGGAGAGAAAGUUUGGCAGAAGUAUAAAACUGCUGUGCAUCAGUGUGAGGUUUGCAAGAAAGAAUUUAAAGGAAAGUCCAGUCUAGAAAUGCACUUCAGGACCCACUCUGGUGAGAAACCGCACAGAUGUCCUGAGUGCCACCAGACAUUUCGGAUCAAGAAGACCUUGACAAAGCACAUGGUGAUUCACUCAGACGCUCGUCCUUUUAACUGCCCCCACUGCAGCGCCACCUUUAAAAGAAAAGACAAGCUCAAGUACCAUGUGGACCAUGUGCACAGCACCCGCUUCACAGAGCAGCCCCUCACGACGCUCAGCGAGGACAAAAUAGUCUCUAUUCCUUUUGAGGAAACCUCAAAGGUAUAUCAUGCUGAGCCUAAGUCGACCCUCCAGAGCAGCCCCCCUCCUACGAAUGUCUGCGUGCCUGUCACUUUAGUUCCUGUCCAGAUGGCAGGAGGGGCGCAGGGCAACUUGAACACACACGGGGCCACGUCUCUCUCCUCCCAAACUCACACCGUUGUGGGCAUCCAGGCUCAAGGGCAGCAGCAGAACUCUGCCUACCAGGCCGCUACAGACCUGGCCUUCUUAGAGAAGUACACCCUUACCCCACAGCCCACCAACAUUGUCCAUCCUGUGAGACCUGAUCAGAUGCUGGACCCCCGAGAGCAGUCUUAUCUGGGCACUCUGCUUGGACUGGAUUCAGCCUCUGCUGUGCAGAACAUCUCCAACUCUGACCACACCCACUGAUGCUCUAUAACCAAACACUGGACCAGUCCAACAACUUAAACAAUUAUUAAGUCAGAGGAACAAAAGCUACAUUAUACAACCACUAAUAAAUAUCUACAUUUCGAAUACCCAAUUAUUGACCUCUAUGUUAAAUGAUUACAUUUAAACUGCACCAUUGCACUUGAUUCAUUUUGGUUCUGCUGCGACAUGGGAUGAUAACUUGCAUUGUAGUCAGCCUGAUCUCACAGAAAAUUCCCCUUAUUGUUGAAAAAAUAAACGUGACGUGUUUGAAAGCAGGAUGCAAACAGAGCUAUUUUCAGUAGAACUAAAGCAAAAACAUGGCUGUCAUACAGUAUGCAUCACACAUGCGUCGAGUUUUCACUUUUUUCUUUAGCUUUAUCUUUCUAUUUUCUAUUUUCUUCUCAUUCUCACUGAUAGUUUGUUUUUGUUUUUUUCUGUUUGAGCUGGAACAAUGAACUUUUUAAUGGAUUCAAUGAUUGACAGAAAAUGAAUUGAAGACAGUUUUGACAAUAGUCAUUUAUCUGGUAAAAAUGAUUUGCUGGUUCUAUUUUAUCAAUCUAGCCUUUAAUGGCUUAUGAUAUGACAUUUACUGUUUUAAUAUUUGUUUGAACUGAACAAUUAAUUGAACUGCUAAAUUAAGAAAUAUCCAUCUUUAGGAUAAAAAGAUCACUUGUUGCAGUCUGGUACGAAGGAGACUUAAAACUGUAAUUUGUGUACUGCCUGUACAACCUGUCUUUUUUAAAAGUUGUAAAGUCAUGUACAAGGUGAUGGAAUAAUUAGAGUCACAUCUUGUUCUGUUCUUAGUAUUUAAAUCUGCAUUAAGGGAUUUUUUUUUUUGGCCUCUUGGGGGCAGCGGAAACAAGUUGUGGACACAAAACUCAUAUUGUCACCUUUCACAUUGAUUAUCGUAAACUUGUUAGCAAAUGUGCUAAUUGAAACAUCCAGCAGUUAUGAAGCAACGUUGGCAUUCAUUUGUUUUUUUAUUUUUCUCUCUCUUUUAGCUGUUUUCAGUCUAUGAACUCCUGAAGAAAUAUCUUACUCUGUAGCUGCUAAAUGCUCCACUACGUUCACCAGCUUGUCCCUAACUGUAUCUGUUUGCUGUUGCUGAGCAGGUAGUGUACAGUGGGUUUUAAGAGCUUGUUAUGCUAAUACAGCUGCCUGAUUCAGCCAAAAAUGUUGCUAUGGGAGCAGAGGGAGUGAACCAAAAAAGUUAAGUUAUGGACUGGACAGUUAAACAAUGAGCUAAAUUUCACUAAAAGGCUUUUAGAAGCGUAAGAACCAACAAAACAGUGAAGUGGAAUCACUACUACACACCGUGUGGUAAAAUACUUGUUGCAUCUGAGGAUAGUUUUACAGAUGCAAUUUUGUGGCAGUUACAAAAAGAUCAGAAUUAAUUGUUAUUGAGUUCCUGUAAAGUUGAAACAGUUGGUAUGGUAUUUUCAAACUUUGUGUCAUGAUCAAUAAAAUCAGAUUUGAAAACCUAGAUGACUGUGUGUGUAAAUGCUGUGACCUAAGAGCCUCCAGCCACUCAUAACCAUGAACAGGAUCGGUGGGUGUGGAAAACUCUGCAGA